AUGGGACUUGUUAAGCUCUUGUUUGAAUUUAAGAAUUCAUUAAUUCCUGUGGCUGUUUCAAAGGGAAUAACUUUGCUGGAGGCUGCCGCGCUGAACCCGAAUGUGCCGCUACGGGGGGCUUGCGAGGGGUCUCUGGCAUGCACUACGUGCCAUGUAGUGCUCGACAAAUCCAUAUACAAAAAGUGUGAAGACCCAACCGAAAGAGAAGAAGAUCUGCUGGAUACAAGCAAGCUCCUCACAUCCACAUCCAGGCUUGGGUGCCAGGUAAAGGUCACUCCAGAAAUGGAAGGGACCAUAAUUAAAAUCCCAAAUAUUAACAAGAAUAUAAUCUAG